AUGUCAACAAGUGGGAUUAAAACCGAAUCUAACGAUUCAAAUGACUCGAAACCCGUUUUUAAACGUAAAAACCGUAAACAGCUGCGCCAAAGGCGCCCCUCGGAUGGUAGUGACCGAGAGGAGGACCUGGAGGAGGUCAGCACCAAACUAGAAGAAAUGAAGGAGUUACAAAACUUGCGUAAGCGCCCCCAUGGAGUCAACGCCUUGGGGCUAGCCCUAGGUACCAAAAUCACCAUCGAGGACGAGUGCAUUUCAAAGGACCCUUUCAAGGUGAAGUCCGGCGGCAUGGUCAACAUGCAAGCCCUUAAAAGCGGCAAAGUCAAGCAAGUCGAUGAUGCGUACGACACUGGCAUAGGGACCCAGUUUUCGGUCGAGACGAAUAAACGUGACGAAGACGAGGAAAUGAUGAAGUUUAUUGAAGAAGAGUUGUCGAAGAAGAAGCGCAAGGUCGAGCCCCAGGAGCAGGCCGAGGCUGAGAACAAGUCGGCGUACACCAGCCCCGAGGAGGCGGCUUUGAGGGCAGUCCCGGACCAUUUGAGGGAGUCGUCGACGAAGAGGUCGGAGGAGAUGUUGUCCAAUCAGAUGUUGAAUGGGAUUCCGGAAGUGGACCUGGGGAUUGAGGCCAAGAUUAAGAAUAUUGAAGCUACGGAAGAGGCGAAGUUGAGGCUGCUGUGGGAGAAGCAGAAUAAGAAGGACGGGCCUUCGCCUUUUGUGCCGACGAAUAUGGCGGUGAAUUUUGUGCAGCACAAUCGAUUUAAUAUAGACGCAGAGGUUGCUAAAAAGAAGGCCAAGUUGGAUGAUAAAGUGGAGGAGGCUACGGAAAAGCCGAAGAAAAAGGAUGAGAGGGCCACCGAUGAUUAUCACUACGAAAAGUUCAAAAAACAAUUUAGGAGAUAUUAGCCUUUUGUAGUGUUUUUUAUUUUUGAAUAAAUUAUUUAUUUUGA